CCCUGACCGAGCCCAACUCCCCGCAACUACUGCUACUGCUGCUGCUAGUCACAUUUCGAUCCGACUGCAUCGUGAGUUUCCGAGCGAAGAGUAAAGGACGCCCGGGGUGAAAUGUCGGUCUGAAACGCUCCUACUGAACUGUGCAGUUCACUUGUUGUUGUGAAGCCAUGGUGAUGAAGUUCACUGUCGUGGGCCUUGUGGCACUGGCCUUGCUGGGUAGCUUUUGUGAUGCUCAACAGGAUGAUUACAAGCCAGCUAAACCUAGAUACCAGAAGCAAGUACCAAAACAUGAGCCCCAACAGGCAAAGCUGACAUUUGAGAAACCUCUCACCUGGACAUACCCUGAAGAACCAGAGCCUGAGCCCAAAGCCGAUGUGCCAUUCGAACCGGUACUUCCUGUACCUGUUGCAACUGUUACUGUUGAUUGCAGAGAGAGCAUCGUUCACGUGGAAGCCAAGAAGGACUUCUUUGGGAUUGGCCAGUUCAUCAACCCUGCUGACCUUACCCUGGGAAACUGUGGUGCUGUCGCAGAGGACAAUACUAUUGAAGUGUUGAUUUACGAGGCGCAACUGCACACUUGUCAUAGCACAUUAACUACAACAGAAGAUUCCCUCAUCUACACCUUCACUAUGAACUAUGAUCCCCAACCUUUGGGAACUUCUCCUGUGGUGAGGACAUCCACAGCCAUUGUAUUUGUGGAAUGCCACUACCCAAGGAGGCACAAUGUGAGCAGCCUUCCUCUUGACCCCCUGUGGAUCCCAUUCUCUGCAGUUAAGGUGUCCGAGGAAUUCUUAUACUUCACACUUACACUCAUGUUGGAUGACUGGAGUUAUGAGAGGCCUAGCUACGUGUAUUUCCUGGGAGACAUCAUAAAUAUUCAGGCUGUCGUCAGGCAGUUCUUCCACGUGCCCCUCCGUAUUUAUGUGGACAGCUGCUUUGCUAGUCUUACACCUGACCACACCUCCACGCCUAGAUAUGACUUCAUUGAGAAUAAUGGGUGUUUGGUUGAUUCUAGGAUCACAGGCUCUCCCUCUCAGUUCUUACCUCGCUCUCCAAGCACCCAGAACACGCUUCAGUUCCAGUUUGAGGCCUUCAGGUUCCAGGGUGCUGUCUCUGGACUGCUCUACAUUACAUGUCACUUGAAGGCAACAUCUUGUGCAAAACCUCUCGAUUCAGAGCAUAGAGCCUGUUACUACGCCGGCGGGUGGUUGGAGGCCAGCGGAGAGCAUGGACAUUGUGGCUCCUGUGAAUCUGGAUCAUAUGGAAAUCCAGAAAUCAGCAAACGUCUUCCCUGGAGUCCCGGUGGUAAGACUACUGAAAGGAAGAUCCGUGAUGUGUCCCAAAGUGAAAUUUCCGUUCUCGAAUGGGAAGGUGUUGUCACCCUGGGUCCCAUCCCCAUUCAAGAGAGGGCGAAGGCUUAAAUAAAGUUCCUGCCAUGUCUAUGAUCAUGAAAAUAAACAGUCUCAUUGGGUCAUAA